CUGUCAUUGACCCAAGAGAAACUUGGGGAGAUUUCAUAUAUAGGUAGAAAGAGUUUAAGAACCCUCCUUUGGUAGAAAGGGAUGACUUACCAUCUAAUCUCUAACCUUAAAAUAGAAUUAUAGGCAAAAUUAGGUAAUAGAUUAAUGGAUUACCAAUUGAGAAGAGUAAAUCUCAAUAAUAUAAAAGCAUUAGUCCUUAAGUAAUCAUAUUCAUUUAUUAUUAUUUAAGAAUCAAAAAAAUGACUCAUAGGGCAAUCAAAACUUUAAUUGAAUUUCAUUUUAUUGAUUUGAUUUAUCUGCAAAGGGAGGAAGAUAUAAAUGAACUUCUAAAUAUUAUCAUUUUUAAUACUUUAUACUGUUUUAUAAUAUAAUAAUGA